AUGGAGAAAGAAGACAUCCACCACGUGGAGAAGACAUCGAUCGAUGUGUACGAGGAAAAAGUCCGCAAGCCUACCACAGCUGAGGAAAUGUUUCCCAACAUUGACAAGAAGAAGCUGCUUAAAAAAAUGGAUAUGAAUAUCAUCCCUAUUCUAUCUCUGUUGUAUUUGCUGUCCUUCCUGGAUCGAGGUAAUGUUGGUAACGCCAAUAUCGAAGGUCUGUCUGUUGAUCUCGGUCUCACUGGCCCUCAAUACAACAUGUGUCUCACUGUCUUUUUCUUUACAUACUCAGCUUUUGAGGUGCCAUCCAACAUGAUUCUCAAGAAGCUCAGACCCUCCAUCUGGCUUCCUCUCAUUAUGGUUGCUUGGGGCAUCGUCAUGACUUUGAUGGGGCUUGUCAAGAACUACCAUGGGCUUCUGAUCUGUCGAAUUUUUCUCGGAGUGACUGAAGCUGGUCUUUAUCCUGGCGUCGGCUACUACCUCACUCUGUGGUAUUGCCGAUCAGAGAUCCAGUUUAGACAGGCAAUGUUCUUCUCUGCAGCCUCCAUUGCCGGUGCCUUUUCUGGUCUGCUGGCUUUCGGUAUUGGAAAAAUGAAGGGCGUGGCUGGACUUCACGGAUGGCAAUGGAUCUUUAUUCUCGAGGGAAUUGCUACGGUUGUGGUAGCCUUCAUCGCCUUCUUCUUCGUCCAUGACUUCCCUGAAACAGCUCGAUUCCUCACCGAAGAAGAGCGGGAGUUUGUCGUGUGGAGACUCAAGUAUGAUGGCAACGACAAUAGUGCCGGGGGUGAACUGGUAGCGCAGAACGACUCUCGUGACUGGAAGUACGUCUGGGCCGCCUUCACCGAUAUCCAGGUCUACGUCCACCUGCUUCUCUACUUCGGAGUUGUGGUUCCUCUCUACGGCAUCUCCCUCUUCCUUCCCACCAUUGUCAACAACCUGGGAUACACCUCCUCCACAGCUCAGCUCAUGACUAUCCCUAUCUACGUGAUUGCUGCUAUAGCUUCGGUGACUCAAGCUUGGUUCUCGGACAGAUAUGGUAAGAGAUCUCCCUUCAUUCUCGUCAACCUGCUAUUCAUGCUGUUUGGCUACUUGUUGGCCUUCAACCUGUCUCACAAAAAACCAACUGCAGUCUACGUGGGCUGCUACUUCAUCGCACUAGGACUGUACCCAGCUCUGCCCGCUAUUGUCUCGUGGAUGUCCAACAACGUCGCAGGUACAUACAAACGAGCUGUAGCUAUGGCCAUCCAGAUUGGCAUUGGAAACCUCUCUGGGGCCAUUGCGUCCAACAUUUACCGAGCCGAAGACAAGCCCGAGUUCAAGCUGGGUCACGGUAUGGAGAUCAUGUUUGUUUGCAUUGGAAUCGUGUCUCUCAUUGUGCUCAACUUUGGCUACCACGUUGUCAACAAGAGGAAGCAGGCCAAGAUUGAGUCGGGCGAAUGUGAGCAUCUUACCAGUGCCGAGCUGUCUGAAAUGGGCGACAGGUCUCCCUAUUUCCGAUACAGACACUAG